UGUGCUUAUAAAAUAAAUUGAAAAAUUAGAAUUCGGCCGAUAUAACAGCACACCCACCUUCCUGGUUCCUUCCCCUUCUAAUCAACACCGCCUUUAUCUCACGCGCUUUCCUUCUCUAUAAAUUAGACUUCAACAGCAAUCAAAAUAUCUUCAGUUACCUGCCAUUCUAUAUAUUUUUUCUUCUGCAUAGCCAAAGCUUUGAGAUCUAAAAUAAGAACAGGAAGAAGAUGAGUUUACUACAAUCAGCAGCAGCAGCCACCCGUCGGAGUUCCUCCCCCACAAGGUUACCCGAAAGAUGCUUAUCCACCACCGGGAUACCCUGUUCAGGGAUAUCCUCCCCAGUCGUACCCACCUCAAGGUUAUCCUCCCCAGCAACAAUACGCCCAACAGCAAUACGCCCAGCAACCACCCAGGCAGCAAAAAGAAGUUGGCUUCCUUGAAGGAUGCUUAGCAGCGUUGUGCUGUUGUUGCUUGUUGGAUGCUGUCUUCUGACUCUGAAGAGGAAGGAGGAUGUUCAUGUAUUCUUGCGUUACAAUGAGCAUGUGGAGAUUGAAGAUUGAUCAUCUUUUAUGUUAUUAUGGGUUGUAACUGUGGAGAUUUGAGAGAUUUUAACAUUCCGUGUAUUAUAUAAUAAGGAGACUUGUUUCUUUGUUGGUUUUCCUAGGGCACUUGUUUUUAUCUUGCAUAUAAAACUCACAAUUCUGAAUUCUACAUGAGCAAAACUACCUAAACAAUGGCAGAGUUCUAGUGCAGUUUGGUUCACAUUUUAUUUUUGGGUGCUGCUUCAGUUUUGAUUCAGAGGGUUGUGGAUGUCUUCCUACUUGGGAUGCCAUAGGCUCUUGAUAGGUUUGGCUUUAUUGCACUUUGAAACAGCUGGAUUGGUUAAGUCAUAAGUGGGGAGGUAUUCUUGUCCAAUUGGAAUCCAUUAUCGACUUAGUGACCUCCAACGCGUCUUCAGAGCUGACCACUUUUAAGUUUGGGUAUGGAUUGCAGCAGACGCAUGUCUCGCACCUUACACGAAGCCAUUAUUGUAUUAGGGCAUGUUGUAGAAAACAAAACUUGUAGCUGAGAACGCUAGGAUUUGAGAGAGCAACAAAUGAAGAAGACAAAAGCCAUUGUGGGGAAGUUGCAUUUGGCAAUCUGCGUAAAUUGCAAGGUUGGGUCAUUGAGAAAAUUAAAACAUUUUAUGUUUGGGAUUAAAUUUUAUUUAUUCCAUCCGUGA